GAUCUGGUGGGGGCGAUGAGGUAGAGAUGGGAGGGGAAUCUGGCAGUGUCCCUGUGGUUGGAAAGGACAAACAACCAUAGGAGCACUGUAGGGGCUGUAAUUUUGGAACCAUGUCAUUAAGUAGUUUUGGGGGGAUCCUCUGUAACUUUGAAUGUUGCUAAGUGAUCAGUCUUUAAGACGUGGACUACACGGCUAUAUAACUACAACUCUAAUUCUCAUUCAUAGAUGCAAAUUCUGAGACAAUAUUUAUAGGUUUUUUUAAAAAAAAACAUUAUAUGGCUGGGUGAUAUUGCUGACAUACAUAGCUGUAAUUCUAAAUAAUGUGGUUUUAAAAAUAUAUUUCAGAUAUAUUACACUAUUAGUGGCAAAUAUCCAUAGCUCAGAUGUAGAAUGAGGGUGAAGGUUCUUUCUCUAAGUUUGUGGAUUGGUUUCUGAACAUUUUGUCACUAGGCUAGGUAAUAUUUUCAGUUCACUCCCCUAAACUUAGUUGAAGAUGUUACCUAGCCUGGUGACAAAACAUUCAGAAACCAGCCCACAAGCUCGGAGAAUGAACCUUCACUCUCCUAUUACAGUAUACCUUUGCCUUCAGCUCAACAUAAUUAAGCUUGGUCCCACUCACAAACUCAUAGUUCCAUAUAGUCCUUCCAUUAAAGAAAGAAGAAACCUUUUAUUUUAACCAAUUGAUACAGUUUCAGGCUGUUUACUUUGCAUUUUUUUUUUGGCUUCUGGCACCACAAUCUCUCAAAUGAUUUGUUUUCUUCUUGGAAGAAAGUUCUGCUCUUCUACCACAGAUUAAGUAAUUUGCACUCCCAAAGCUGUUAUGUAAUCAACACAAACCAGGAUGUAGCGUGCGAAGACUAAUGAUUCAUGGCUGUGUUCUCAGUACUUUUUCCUUUAUUGAGCAAGAGAAAGGAGGGAUCUAAGAAUCUAGACGGCAUAAAAACGAGACCUGCCUUUUGAAAGGAUUCAUGACAAGGCAGAGACUGCCAGCAAGAGAAAAGAAUGGCUGAAGAAAAUGACAGUUUUGUGAAACAAAUUAAUAAGGUGUUUGAUGAGAAUAAAGACAACAAGAAUGAAGAGCUUCUUUUCACUUUCAAAGGAGUUUUGUAUCCUAAUCGCCUUUGUAGUGCAGAAACUUUUGAAGCACUGGAAACUUUUGAAGCAAGAAAGGAUGAUAUGCUGUUAAUUGCUUAUCCCAAAUGUGGUACCAACUGGGUAUUUCAAAUACUAAUAGAAAUGGUCGCUGCAAUUUCAAGUAAUAAGGAGUUACCACUACCAAGACACCACUUAGUGCUUGAAUUUGGAAGCCCAGAAAAAUUUCUGAAAAUGAAAGAACAACUAUCUCCCCGUUACUAUGCAACUCAUCUCCAUUAUGAUAACAUUCCAAAAUCCUUUCUGGAGAAAAAAGUGAAGAUGCUGGUGGUAUUUCGAAAUCCCAAAGAUGCAGCUACAUCCUAUUAUCAUUUUUACAACAAAAAUCCUUUGCUGCCUACUCCUAGUUCCUGGGAUGACUUCUUUCAAAAGUUUAUGAAUGGUGAAGUUGCAUGGAAAUCCUACUUUGACCAUGCUCUUGCUUGGGACAAACAUAUGGAUGAAGAAAAUGUUAUGAUAAUCACCUAUGAAGAACUGAAAGAAAACCUUCUGGAUGGAGUCCAACGAAUUGCUGAUUUUUAUGAACUCUCUCUGUCGGAUGAGAUAGUUAAGUCUAUUGCAGAUAAGGCUACCUUUCAAGCAAUGAGCAGCAAAUCUCCGGAAAUUCUUGGUCAAUUUGCUUCUGUUAUUUUCAGAAAAGGUGAAGUGGGCGAUUGGAGAACUUUGUUCACUGAGGCUCAGAGCAAAGAAAUGGAUGCAAAAUUUGAAGCAUGUUUAGCUGGGACUAAACUGGGUGCAAAACUAAAAUAUGAUAAAUAUUGCAAAUUUUAACAUUUGUACUUUUGAAAUAAAGUAAUUUAGAUAU